GGUUAUCUGGUUCAAGCCAGCCUUUGCAAUCGUGACCUAUUUCCGGAGGGCGUUCAGCUUGGAUACAGAUGGAGGGUGACGACGCACGUGGGGACCGUAUUCCCUUCGGAGCACUUGACCAACUAUUCGGUAGAUGCAUACUUUUUAGUCCAAAACGAUCAAAAUUUCACAAACUUUCAAAUUAAGGAAUUCAAAACGAGCGAGAAUCAACAAGAGUACCCGUGGAUAACGCUACCGUUCCGAUGCGUUUACAAAGAUGGCGAAGUACAAAAGUUCGAGAGCGAAAGCGGUGACGUAACGGGAUCAUUGAACAUAAAAAGAGCAUUGGCUACCAUAUUUCAGUUGAAAUUGGAUUCUCUUCGGCGACCAUCGUUUGCCGCACAAGAGACUGGAGUUUAUGGAAAAUGCAACGUUCAGUACCUUGUAACUAAAGAAAAUAACAAUACAAAUGUAAAAAAAAUAAUUAACUUUUCGGCUUGCAACAAUAAGCUUGGACAACAGUGGAGCAAUACACCACCGUUUACAUGCCCAUCGAGUUAUCAAGACGGAAGUAUGAGUCAUAGUGUUCGAAAUUAUAAUCUAGACGAGAUCAAUGUGAUUCGAUAUUUGAAUAUUAUUGGUACAGUAGAAUUCCAACCAUUCCAAGCAUUAGCCGAAUCCCAUCAUAUCUUUGUAAACCAAACAUUUGAGCUGGAUCACAUUUUUCCUAUCGGCGAACCUAUCACGUUGGUAUCUAAAUUGGACGACUCGAUUGAGUAUGAUUUUGAUCACUAUGAAGAUCCUACAAUGGAUUUCAAACCGUUCAAUAAAUCUCUACUUCUAACAGAAAUUCUUGAUACACUUAGUCAACUUACAGAAAGUUUAAGCUGGGAAAUUGGUACAACUAACCUAGACAAUCAGACUGAAUUUAGAGCUUUAGAACUCAUGUGGUGGUUAGACACGUCCGAUUGGUUUACAUUAUACGAUACCAUAAAAAUCGGAACCAGUUAUUCACAAGAAACCAUACAACACUUCUUUUGGGACUUAGUACCACAAGUAGGAUCAGCUUCUUCGGUUGAAUUUAUUCGUGAACUAAUUAAAACACAAAAAAUAACAAACUUUUUGGCAAUUGGAUUAUUAAUUACGUUUCCGUACCACGUUAGGUAUCCAAACGAAAAACUCUUACAAGAAUCCGAAAUAUUGUUGUAUCUCGAUAAACAAGUAGAAAAUGAAGUGAAAAAAGUAGCAAUUUUGAGUUUUGCUUCGUUGAUACAUAAAACAUGUGGUAAAGGAAUGUGCUCAGACGAUACACAGAAUAAGUACAUCAAAUUAUUUUUAGACAAAUUCAUAGGUCAGUAACAUGAUUGUUUUUUAUAAUAUAAUUACAAAA